CCAAUCAUUUUAUUUUUCUUUACAUCACGAAAGAUGAGAUAAUAGAAAAAUCUAAAAAGAGGACAUUUCUUUGCAUAAUAUUCAUUAUUAUUUUACGAUAAUAAUAUAAAAAUAUAAAAAAUUUAAGAAGAAAAUGACGAAUAAGAUUCAUAUAUAAAACUAGUUAUGCAUUCUCAAGUGUGAAAAUAAAAGUUUAAUUCAGUGACGUAUUUCGCUGAUACAUGCUAUAUUAAUGAGGAGUGAGUGGAAACACCAGUAGUCCAUAAACUCUCGCAGAGCAACAUCGAGAAUUCUUUCUUUCAUAACCGGUUUUUUUCUCUACCACAUGAUGGAAACCUGGGCAAUGAUCUUGGCCUUCAUGGCAGUGGUACUCAGCAUUUAUUACUACAUCUUCAAGGACUUGAACUACUUCAAAAAAAUUGGUUUACCAUAUUUGGAACCAUGGCCGUUAUUUGGAAACAUGGGACAAGCAAUUUUUCGUCAGAAAACGAUGAUUGAUAUAACUAUAAAUGCUUACAAUUUGCAUCCAAAAGCCAAAUACGUUGGUUUUUUCGAUAUGAGUAAUCCGGUUUUACUUAUUCGUGAUCCUGAAUUGAUCAAAAUGAUCGCAGUGAAGAGUUUCGAUAAUUUCAUGAAUCACAGAGGUUUUGUUGACGAGGUACAGGAUCCUCUCUUCGGAAAGAAUUUAUUUUCCUUAAGAGGCAACCGAUGGAAAGAAACUAGAACAAUGUUGAGUCCGGCAUUUACUUUAAGCAAACUGAAAGUUAUGUUCAAAUUAAUGAACGAAUGCGGAGCAGAUUUUACUGAUUUUCUAUCAAAAAUGCCAAAGGAUAAAAGAACUAUAGAAAUGAAGGACGUCUUCACGAGAUAUACCAAUGACGUAAUAGCUACAUGUGCAUUUGGCAUCAGUAUGAAUUCGAUGAAAAAUCCACAAAACGAAUUCUAUGUUCUCGGAAGAGACGCAACAAACUUUGACGGUAUUAAAUCUCUAAAAUUCUUCCUUAUUCGAUCUUUCCCAAAUAUUGUAAAAUUAUUCAACAUCAAGCUCAUAUCUGGUAAGAUCGGUCAUUUCUUCGAGAACGUUGUCCAAGAGAUAAUUAACACUAGAGAUCAAAACAAUAUUGUACGAGCGGACAUGAUACAACUGAUGAUGGAAGCUAGAAACAAAAAAUCUGAAAUCGGACAAGAAUUAAGUAUGAUGGACAUAGUAGCUCAAGCGUUUAUUUUUUUCUUCGGUGGCUUCGACACCACCUCCACUGCUAUGUGCUUUACUUGUCACGAAAUUGGUGUCAAUUCGUACAUACAAAGGAGACUUCAGCGAGAGAUUGACGAGGUCAUCGAAAAGACCAAUGGAAACCCAACUUAUGACGUUAUCAAUAGCAUGCAAUAUUUAGACGCCGUGAUAAGCGAGUCCCUACGGAGAUAUCCGAUCGCUAUUAUUCUUGACAGAGUGUGCAACGAGAAUUUCGAACUGCCAGCAAGUUUACCUGAAAACAAACCUUUACUCUUAAAAAAAGGCAUGAAUGUUUGGAUUCCAGUUUGUGCAUUCCAUCUGGACUCGAAAUAUUUCGAGGAUCCGUACAAAUUCGAUCCCGAAAGAUUCAUGAAACGAGGAAAAGAGAUAAACAAUUCUGGCGUUUACUUACCCUUCGGUUUGGGACCUAGAAUGUGCAUUGGUAAUAGAUUCGUUUUACUGGAGAUGAAAGUUUUGAUAUUUAAUUUAUUGGCAAGAUGUAAUCUCAAGCCUUCCGCUAAAACCCAAAAUCCUAUUCGAUUAUCCAAGAGAGGAGUCAAUUCGGCCCCCGAAAAAGGUUUUUGGAUCGAUUUACAGGAAAGAAAAAAUGUUCAUCCUGCUGUUUAAAAUUUCGUCCCUAAUAGCACUAAUGAUGAUGAUAUUAAAACUGAUGCAUCGAUUAAUGGUGUUAUUAAUGGUCGUGCGGUUAAAGCUUAAGAUAUAAAAAUAAUGAUAAUAAUAGUAUUAAGAUUAACUCGUCUAAAGUAUACAUGUAAAUGUUUAUAUAUAUUUGUCAACGAAAUGUUAGGGAUACUGAAUUCGGAUUAAAUGUUUGUACAUCGUAUUCCGCAGUAUCAGGGAUUAAUGUCAUUUAAAUUAUAUGCAGCUAUGCACAUAUCGUCUUGUUAUUGGAUACAUAUCGUUUCAGAAAAUAAUAUUUCUGUUAUCUUACUAUGAUAUAACUAACGUAUCAUUACAAUUGAUAUUAUUAUUAUUAUUAUAAUUAUUAUAAAAAUGAAAAUGGAAACGUUACAUUAUUAUCGAAGAAAACGAAAGUUAUUUACGAUUAUAUAUUUAUCUCCAAGAUAUUGCAGAUGUUUAUUUGUAUAUUCUUUUUGCUAAACUUUCUAGAUUACAUAUUAAUAUUCUUUUUAAUUUGAUAGGUACAUGAGCAUUCAUUAAGGAAUCGAUUAGUUUAACAUAGUAAAGUGUCUCUAUCAUUAUCAAACGCGAUAAGAUAUAAAAGCAAAGCAUUUAUGAUUUAUUUUUCACAUAAAGAAAUAUACGAGUAGUAUGAGAGGGGUAUUACAUUUAUUGACGAUUAAUAAAUGAUUAAAAUCAUUAUAUCUCGAAAAAUUCAAUAAAGGAUUAUUAUAACGGUUACUCGAUUAUAAAUAUUUAAAAAUUGUA